CUAUUCCAGUUUUACUACAUACUCGGUGUUUGCCUGUUGUCGUGCCAUGUUGUGCGCGCCUCGUAUUCCCACCUGCAAGCGAUCGAUUUUUCGCAGCUGCAGCAGCAACAGAAGUCAUCAAUUACCCAGCAGCAGCAACAACAGCAACAGGACCGUGAUUCGCAGGAGCAAACUGACACCACCACCGACUCAUCCGAGGACUAUGACAGCCAUCCGCAGUAUAGCUUCGCUUAUGAUGUGCGCGACACGCUGACUGGCGAUGAGAAGCAGCAGGAGGAGAAGCGUGAUGGGGAUUUGGUGCAAGGACAGUACUCUCUCGUUGAGCCAGAUGGCACCCGUCGUGUUGUUGAGUACACCGCUGACGACAUCAACGGCUUCAACGCCGUAGUCUCCAAGCAACUAGUUGACGAACGCUCUCGAUCAUCUACCUCUGCCUCGGCAACUGCUUCUUCAUCGCGCUACAACAGCUACGAGGCUCUGCAGUCGCAAAUUCAAGCACAAGCCAUCGCCGAAGCCCAAGCUCAGGCCGCCUCAUAUGCCGAAGCGCAGGCGCUCGCUGAGGCGCAACUGCAAGCGCAGGCUAAGGCGCAUGCCGAAGCUAUGGCGCAGGUCCAAAGCGACGCCGAAUUGCAGGCGCGCAUUCAAGCGGAGGCACAGGCACGCGCUCAGGCCCAGCAACUAAUGGAGCAGUUCCAGCAGCAGUACAAGCAACAACAGCAACAGCAGCAAGAACAGCAGGAACAAUUGGUACAAUUGCAGCAGCAGCAACAGCAACGCCAACAGCAACAACAGCAGUUGCGUUCUCAAGUGCAACAAUCACAAGAACGCUUGACCAACGAACAAGCGCUGCUGCUCUCACAAACGCUGCCCACCCGCACGCUCGGGCACAGCGUUCACGCCACAGUGGUUUCACAUCCGCCUACAAUAUUGACGCGCGCACCCAGCGGUAGCGUAUACGCCCAACAGCGUGAUAUUUCCACAUUGAAGGAACUGCGCGAUGGCAGCACGCGCCAAACGAUCGAACGCACCACGCUGCCGCAAAUUGUCAUAACCCAACCGGCAAGCGCGACGGUACAAGCACAAGUCAUACACUCGCCGCUCCUACUCGAUGGCAGCAGUGGCACAACGGGCAUGCGCAGCAUCAUAUCUACGAAAAUCACCAACGCCAGCGGCAAGGGCGGACGCAGCAGCACCAUUUCACUACGUGGCGAUGCCGGACGCUUGAGCGCCACCGAACAACUGCUUAACCAGCUGGACAAUGACGACGACGAUACAUUGUCGCGCAGCAGCUUGCGGCUAUUAAGUAGCGCCAGCACUAGUAGCAGUGGCGGCAGCAUCAAAGGACGGAAUGGUGGCGGCAGUGGGCUCAAUAGCUACGAUGGCAGCAAUAGCGGUUCCGACGAGCGAAGCGGCGGACGUGAUGAAAAUGGACUACGCAGCGGACUACGCGGUGGAAGCAGACGUUUGCAAACGCUCUUCUCUAGCAGCGGUAGUGGCUCUAGCAGUGGUGGAAAUGGCAAAUCCACAUGGUAAUAGAAUAUGCGAAAAUAACAAAAACCACAGAUACUUACUUACAGCGAAAACAAAAAGUAUUAAUUUGAACAAGGAUUUAUAUAGAAGUGGGCAGGACGAAAAAUGCAAACGAAUGAGUAGAAUAGAUAUGUAGCUAAAAAUGAAUUUAGAAAAAAAAGCGGCAGUGAAAUAGAGCAACCAAGAAUGGGGAGCAGUAGAGAAUAUUCAGGAGUAUUGUGUGAUCAACAGUCAGUAACGAUCUGAUGACAGACCCUAGCUUACGUAUAAUGGACUAUGAUUUGACAAAGCCGCCAUCAGUAACGGCAUUAACAUAGACUUUAGUUUAGUUCUUAGUGUUUUUUUUGCAUUUUAUUUCUCGAUAGUAUUAAUGAACUAACCAACUUUGCGGUAGUGAAGAUUUUUUCUAGUUGAAUUGAUGUUUUUUUGCAACUGUUUUAGCAUUUUAUAGGGAUUUGGGAGUAUCUACACUUUAACUGACGCUUUUUUGCUUACGCAGCAACAACGUUUGCAUACCUUUAGGCGCGCGCGCUACCCGCAAACCCACUAAUCACGCACUAGCAAAUGCUUUUAAAUACUACGCUUUUUUGCAAGAACAUACGAACGUGAAUGUGAAACAAUAACGUGAAAAGAGAAAUGAGAUUGAUUAUACAUACAUACAAUUGCAUACAAGUCUACACACUUACUACAUACAUAUGUACAUAAAAACUUAUAAACGCAAAUUAAAACCAACAUUUAUAUAUAUAUUUACCGGAUAUCUAGGCAAACACAACUACUUACUUACUUACUCAUGUCUAUUAAGUUGUGAUUCAAACUAUCAUUACACUCAAGCUACAUACAUACGUAAUAUUUAAAAAGGAGCAUUAAUUUUUCUUAAAAA